GAAAGUCGCCGUGUGACAAGCGACAGCGGAAGUGGACCACAGGCCGCUUAUGUCGCGAGGUGCCGCAUAAUCAUGGAUCUACGCACGGGAUAAUACAGUAGACAAGUAACAGGGGCACCAAAGCGCCAGAAGAUGGCGACGAGGAGUCUGACGGAGGUGUUCAUCUUAAUGAGGAAUAAUGCGCUUCAAAGCCGCCACAUUUUUUCGGAACAGACAGCUGAUGAUCGUACGUCUUUAAUGGCCAGUGCUCAUGUUGAUCCAGAACUUGGUCUAGCUUCAGCACGAUCAGCAUCUCUUCCUCCAGACUGGAUUGAUAAGGUCACUGAAAUUCAGUAUGAUUUUACAAAGAUCAAAGAAAAAAUGAAAGAGUUGUCAGCUCUACAUGACAAGCACCUCAACCGCCCCACACUGGAUGACAGUGUGGAUGAGGAGCAUGCUAUUGAGAUUCACACCCAGCAAAUCACACAGAUGUUUUCCCACUGUCAGCGACUGGUACAACAGAUUCGAUCACGAAGUGUACAUGGAAAACAGAUGGAGCAGAAAUUAGCUCAGAACAUAGUUGCAUCUCUAGCACGCUCACUGCAGGAAAUGUCUAUCAACUUUCGGCGCAGUCAGUCAGCCUAUUUAAAAAAACUGAAGAGCCGAGAAGAAAGGUCCCAACAGUAUUUUGGCACACACCUGGGCCCAGACACUGGAAUACUGGUUGAUGGGAUUUCUGGUGAUGACUUUGUGUAUGACAAGGGAUUCACUUCAGCUCAAAUGCAGAUGGUAGAGGACAACACAGCAAUUGUGCAUCAUCGUGAACAAGAAAUUGCAAAGAUUGUACGCUCCAUCCAAGAUUUGAACGACAUUUUCAAAGAUGUAUCUUCCAUGAUUGUUGAUCAGGGCACCAUCCUGGACCGCAUUGACUAUAACCUGGAGCAUGCCUCAGUUCAAGUAGAAAAGGGACUGCAACAACUCCAGAAAGCAGAGAAAUACCAGAAAAAAAACCGCAAGAUGCUUAUCAUCAUGAUUCUUGCACUCGUCAUCAUCAUUCUUAUCAUUGUGUUGGUUGCCAUCAAGAGCUAGCACAGGCUUCAUAUUAUAGUCAUCUGAGUGAAAUGUUAAUGCAGUUACUGAGCAUUGUGAAAGAGGCCGCAGACUGGAGGCUGAAGGUUGCAUGGCUAUGUUAGGAGCAUGGAGUGGCCUGCAAUGUGAAGAGAACUGUAGCAAUAGUGUUAAUAUAGCAGGCGAUGGUAAACUGCUGUCAACUUGUUCUGAUUUACAGAACUGUAAGGUGCCCUGAUGAAUGGCUGUCUAUAAUACUAGAGGAUCGUGAAGAAACCCAGGUUGAGGGUUUUGUUUUGUGUUUUUGUCAUUAAGACAGCAUGAAUUCUGUUAAAUGCAUUUGGAUUGUAUGCAAGCAUCCUUAUCAACCAGACACUUUCAAAAUUCAGCUUUGUGGUAUAGAUUUGUUUUUGACUCUUUCAGAGAAAAAUAACUAGCUCUAUCUUUAUGUUGUUACUGCCUUGUAGUAGUAAUGACAAGGCAUGGGCUCUUUCUGACUCAAGUUUUAGGUUUCUGAGGGGAACAAUGCAUGAAGGAUGAUGAGGUGCUCACAUAGGAAGUAGACAAGAUUACAUAUUUUAGGGUCCAAAUGUGCAGGCUGGAGGUGGAAAUUGGUUAGGAUGCCACAUUAACUGAUGCUGAUAUCAGUCUUGGCAAAUUAUUAGCUAAAAUUUAGAAGUUUGAAAAUAUAGAUCCAUUGUAAUUUUACCACUGAUGAAGACCAGGAGAUGCCUGUAGUCUGCUCAUAAGUCACACAAUACUAGUUUACAGCAAAUUGUUUUGUGGCCAUAACAAGAGAAGACUGGUUUACUGAUACAGCGAAGCGUAUCAGGCAAAACUCCCCUUUUAAGUGUAUUUGACUUUAUAUGUGUUUGCUUCAGUCUUUCUCUCCUCCAGUAGGUGCUGUGCCCACGAUUGCCGGACUUAAGAAGUGAUGUAUCCACCUUUGUUUACAAACAGAGUAUCCAUGUCUAAAGCAAGUUCAAGAUUUGGAAUACAGAUCUAAAUCAGGAAGAAGUGGUGAACUGAUGAAAUUCCAGAUCUGUGCUUAUGGCUGAAACACUAGGUUAGCAGAGAGUUUUGGUGGAAUUAGGAGUUGAUUCCUUUAAACUCACUAACCCUUACUAUGAGAAAAAGAGCCACACAGUGUCCAUUACACAGUGGUCAAGCUCUGGCUCUGUGAUGGUGGCAGGGUCGCACUGUUGCAGGUGAUAAAGAUGACAUAGCAUGUCGUGCAUAAUUUUAUUUAGACACUUUGUAGACACUGGCUGCCAAAACAAUUUGCUUGAGGUGGAGCGAGGAGUUACAAUCAGAAUGUGUAUAUAAUGUUGUAUGAUUAACACAUGAGAUAACCAUGUAAAAUUGAUUCUUGUGAUAUUUUAUGAGAUUUAACUUUGAAGAGAACAAAUGCUUCAGGUGUUUUAGAUGCAUUUGUUCUGUGUACAAGUCAUUAACAUGAGACAACAUGCUAGCGCUCAAAAGCGCUUUACUCAUUCAAUAUGGAUGACUUGAUGCAUUUGAGCUUUAGCUAUGAAGAUGUUCACAUCUGUGGGUGAGAACUGUAUAGCAAGAGUUAAAGACUUAAGAGAUGUAAGGAAAUUUCCAUAAAAAUUACUUUUUCUGGGCUGUAAUUAGUUUUCCAAGUGUUUGCUCUUAAGGCAAAUGCAGCUGAAGGCAGUCCACGUUUAUGUGACAGUGAUCGGUAGAUGGUAAACCUAGAUUAAGAACUGAUGUGUGCUAACUUCAAGAGUUAGAGAAAAUGAAAUGCAAGUCACAACAAAAAUUGUAUUGCAGCAACUUAGUGUAUUCUUUCUGUGGCUUGCUGUCCCCAUUUUUACAUCUGUGAUUACAAAAUUUGUCACUUCAAAACACAUGUAUUGUGUUUAUAAGUGUAGAGGAAAAGGUAAUGUGCAAGUGAGUAUUGUCUAAUGACAGAGAUAGUUCAAACAUAGCCCAUCUGAUUUAGGACACCCCUCACCCCUUUAUUGUCCUUGAUUAUAUGUAUGCUUGGGAGCAUGUAAGGGAGAUGAUGGCGAGGGAAAUCAUUGUCAUGUUUCUGAUUCUUUGAAAGAACUGUUGAUUGUUCAAAUGUUCAUGUACAAGUCUCACAAUGGUAAAUUUUGUUUUUCUUUUUAGCAAUAGUUUUAACUCUUUUGAGUCUGUAUCAACUUGUAGUCUCCAGCAACUAUUAAGUCCUGGCUGUCUGCCCUUGUCCAUUAUAUUCAAUAAUUGUUACUACAAAACUAAGUUAACAAAAUGAAACAAAAUCCAGUCAGGUGAAUCACAUUUGGAAAAAAAGUUACAUCCUUUAACACAGGUACAGAAAGAUGCUAAAUUACAGAUUUUAAUUUUUAUGGUUGUACCUUUCAAAACUGUUGGCGACAUGAGUGCCCAUGCAAAGUUGCCAGCAAAUUUUUCGUUUUCGAGCUUAUUUAUGACACUAGAGUUGUUCUGCAUCUUCGUAAGUUAUGUUUCUUCAUUUCUACCUGGUGUGUAACCAUUAAAAUCCACUGAAUAUUGGACUCAACAUCAGAGUGAUCAUCGAUUAAGUGUGUGUGCACGCGUGUCAAAAUUUCGGAAAUGCAAUUUGAUAUAAUUAAAUUUCCUUUGGAUUUACCAGAAAGUGCAAUUUCAUUAUAAGUAAAGGUAGGAACAGUUUUUGUUUCUUAACUUUAAUUUUAAUUGUGAUUCAUCUUUCUAAUGUUUAGUUUAUUUUCUAUAAAUUUUUUUUAAUACUUCAAAUUCAUCAGAGAUAAAGGUCAAGACCUGUGUUACAACAGCCUCUAUCGAUAAAAUCGUGGAAUAAUUUUUUUUUUAAAGUGUAAUGCUUUCCGAUGAUUUGUAUAAGCAGAGGCAGUUCGUGUGCAAUAUUCCUGUUCGUUUCGGGUGGUAAAAGUGUGGACAGUUAAUUCCCUGUCAUAAGGUAUAUGGGGAGUUCAGAAGUUUGCAUGUGUUGGCACAACCUUUAUGUAACCUAUGUUUUUAAUGACUGCUUCAUUCAACCACAGUGUUCACCAUCAGAAAUUACCUUCAAGAUAUAGAAAGACUCACAAGAAAGAUCUGUGCUGCAUAUUUAAUGCAUUUUCCUGUAUUAUUACAUGUGCCACAUUCCUGCAGAUCAUUACCCAUCCUUGUGUUGACAUUUAAAUGUUCUUUCAAUAUUAAUUUGAAAUAUUGUUUCCCAUAUCCCAGAUAUCUUACAAUGUGGACCUGUACUGUAUGAUAUCUGUUGUUACCCAUAUAAAUGGGUUUUAUGUUGUAUGCUUAUCUCUGAACCUACUUCUGUAUUCUGUAGCAUCUCUUUCCUUCCCCAAGCAUUAGGGAAGAAGUCUUUAUCAUUACAAUAACAUCACACUUGGUUUCUGGAAUGUUCUGCUCUUUGGUUGCAAUCAAGUAUUCAUAAUCACGAGAUUAGAUGUUGAAUGGGUAGAGCAUGAAUAAACACGUCAUAGGGAAUCGGUUAAUCAUUUAUGCUAUAUGUAAACACUGGUAAUAUUUAUAAAUUAAAAUGUUUGCAGAUGACUCAGAAUAAAGACAUCUGAGUAUUAUCUACCGUAUUGAAAUCAAACUGUGAUAUCUAUACUUAAUAUGUCCUUAGAAUGUGUUAAAUUAUUUGUUUUGUUUUACGUCAAGAGAAAUCUCUGGUUUGUAGGAAAUCUCAGAAAAUGGUUGCAAAACAUGUACUAAUUAUGUGUAUCAAGUAGCUGGUAACACGCUAAACAAACGAAUUUAAGUUUUAAGAAAUCAAGCCUAUAGCAGUUUCAUUUUUAAAAUUUUCUUUUAUCCUUUGGGGAGAGAAGCAAUGGUUUACUGACCCUGCUGCACAGAAAAUCCUACAACAUAAUGUCAUGUGCAAGAAGGCAGGGAUAGUCAUUGUAUUUCUCCUGGCUGUGUUUUGAACUUUUUAAAUGAGACUUGAAACUAUUCCAUUUUUAAGACACCUGCUGCAGAAUAUGUAUCAUAAUACAUGAUAUGUAUACAUAUCAGCAUAUGUGUUAUAUCCAUAAAAGUGAUGUAAAACAAGAAAAUUAUUGGAGUGUUACAAAGUCACUGAAUAACAUGCUUUGUGGGGCUGCAGCAAAAUGAAACAAUGCAGAGCCAUCAGUCAGAGCAACUGAAAAAAAAAGGCAGUUGUGUCAGAUUAAGAUUUCUUGAUGAUGAAAAUACUGAUAUGCCAUAACUGGUGUGACAUGGUUUUGUGCCUGUUGCUCUGUGCAGAGCUUUUCCAGUUUUUUGGGGGGGAAAAAAUGGGUUAGGGUGUGUACUUAACACUACUGUGAAUUCUAUUGUGUUGGCUUGUGAGAAGUGAUCACUGAAGCAACAGUUGUGGGCUAAGUGCACAUAAGUGUACAACUCUUUCUGCAUCUGCUACAACUAACAUCAGUGCUACACAUGUCUGGUGCAUACAUUGAAUAAUUGUGAUGAAGCUUGGUAAAUCUGACAGCAACAAUAUAACUUGGGACAUGGAGUUGGGGAACCUGUUGUAGACUGUUUGAAACUGUGUCAGUAUGCAGUAGAGGAGGAAAGAGAUCUGACCAUGUUGGUCCAGAUUGUUUCUGCGGGUAUUGUUCUUGGACAUUUAGACAAUAUUGGAAAACAGUUAUCAGGGCUAAUUUUUAGAUUAUAUUUAACACAAUGGUGGCAAACCUAGUUGGUUAUGUUGGAUUCAACAAUAAAGUCUCAGAUGUC